UGAUAAUUACAUGUCUACCGAGAGGUUCCUCAGGAAGGAUAAAAAGCUUGUGCCUGUGCUUGUACCUGCUCUUGUACCUGUGCUUGUACCUGUGAAUGCGCCCGUGAAUGCGCCCGUGCUUGUACCUGUGAAUGCGCCUGUGAAUGCACCUGUACUUGCACCUCUGCGUGGACAGAUACAGGCGCAGGAAGAAUACGAGUAUCCGGAAGCAGAUGUUAAUUAUACAGGUACAUAAAUUAUCAAUUAUUUUAGGCCGAAAAUUGACUCAUGAAUUGAAAAAGGGACCAAUUGAAUAACGAGUAUUCAAAAAUGUAAAUUGUCUAAUAACUUUUUUGAUAAUGUGGGCCAUGAUGAUCAUUACUUCAAUAUUGAUAUGGGGGAAAGGAAAUCCAUGGGACGUCUAUAAGCCUUAUGAUAGUGUAUAAUAAAAAACAAUAAUUUUUAGAAAGAAAGAUAAUGCGGAAGGAAGGCGACUAAAGACUAUCCAUAUAUCUAUUUGUUAAGCGAAUUAGAGUAUUAUUGCGUUUCUAGUUGUCCUGAAAAAAGUGAUGUUGGUUAAAUACUUCCUUGUUAUCAUUGUCCUGCUUAACCAAUACCUUAUCCCACAAUAGUACAUUUUACUAUGUGUUUCCCGACUAAAGAAGCAGAUGAGAAAUAUCGAAAACUGGGAUAUUCUGCAAAUAUGUUUGGGUUCGCUCAAGAGUAAUAUGCAGACAUUUAGGAAGGAUGGACUUUAAUUUUGUGUUCUGCUGUUUUCUCAAUUAUUUUCUCUACUUCAAUACUGCUUAUGAUUAGAUUUGCAGCAGGAUGUGUAGUUUGGGGAAUGGUUGUUCUAAUUUUCUUGCUCUUAGAAGGGUUGGGAGUACUUUCAUUUUUUAAAUAUCGUGGCUAUAGAUUUGACUAUAUACCUUUAUACGAAGACGAAAACCCUUAUUCUCUAAUUAUAGAGGGUUGUAUGUUUUGUGGUGGUGGAGUGAUUGCACUUAUUGCAGUUUUCAUUUUGGCUAAAAAGAUCAGAUAAGCGAUUUACAUAUUGAAAGCAGCUGGCGAUUUUAUAAGUUAGGAACUGCCAAUCAUUUUUGUUCCUUUUCUUAUGUCAAUCUUAAUGAUUGGAGUAAUUGCAUACUGUUUGGUAUUCUAAAAUAUCAUCUUAUCAACUACCACUUAAAUACUAAAGGAUCCUAAAGAUCCUUAUGUUAGAUUAGAUCCGGAUUAAAAAACCGCUUUUUCCUUAUGCACAUUUUAUUUUGGGCUGAUUUGGACUGUGAGUUUUAUAAACGGACUUACUCAUUUUGUUGUUGGUACUUGCUGUUCCUAUUGGUAUUACAGCCAUUAGGGUUGUCCAAGGAAAGGAAGCAUUCUCAAAGGAUAUCAGCGUGGACUCACAAAAAAUUUUGGUAGUAUUUUAUAUGGCGCAGCAGUUUUUCCUCUUGUUUGGGUAAUCAAACAAGUCUUAUCAUAAUACUCUGUAUUUAUAUGUUUUUAAUGAUAUAGUCAUGUUAUAAAUUUAUAACGAACGUUACUUAAUAGAAUCCGUUGUACUGCCUUUAAUUUUUAUACUGUAAAUGCUACUUACGUUGUUUUGAUAAAGUAAUUAAGGUCUUGGAUAGAAAUGCUUAUACAUUAAUGUCAUUGACAGGACAGGACUUUUGCCUUGCUGCAUAUGAUGCCUUCUUUCUAGUUUAUCGAAAUUCUACUCGUGUGGCCAUCACUCAAGGAUGUAAGAACUCUAUAAAUUCUAAUAUUAGUGGGUGAAAUUUUUCAACUUUUAGGUGUUGCCUUUAUUACAAUAAUUUCCUCAAUAAUUUGUAUCUUUAUGAUGCUUAGUGACUUCUAUGAUUUUUCUGAAUACUUUACCCUUGUGGCGGUAAUUCUAAUAAUCAUUUGUAUUGUAGCUCUUUGCAUUUACCUCCGGUUUUACUGCUCAUACUUUCCUGAGUUUAUAUGGAUAUGGAGUUGAUACUAUAUUGUUCUGUUUGAUUGUUGAUUUCGAGUAGAAUGUAAACGAAGGAGGUCCCAAAUCAGUCCCACCAAUCCUUAAAAAAUAUACCUUAGAUAUAAUUUGAAUAUUAUAAACCAU